AUGACACUUUUAAACGAUUCUACAAUCUCUGACGAUGAAAAUCCCUUUGAAUCAAGGGGAAUUUCUAAUGACUUUAACGUACCUGAUGAUCUGGCGAGCACACCGCAGCCUCCCCCAGAGCUUCGAAAUGAACAAACAAAAGAAAGAUAUGAAUUUCUUCGUCAAAAUGCUCAUAAAGCAAGGGUUUUUUAUGAAGCAGACAAAACCUUCGACCAAGAAGAUAGAGUCACCUUACUUAAAGCGUUCCGAACACAAAUGUAUUCUCAGUACAUUGGCUCAUUUGCUGGGUUGGCGUUUGGUAUUUCUCUUCCUAAGUUUGUUUGCAAAGCAAUGGGUAAACCCUAUAAGCCUUCAUACUCUACACUUACAGCUCUUGUAACUGUAGUCGCCGGCUACUCAAUUGCCGAACGUAUGGCUUACAGCUAUAAUAUUAACAAAUUCCAGGGAAAUAGAAAAUAUACACAGAUUUUUGAAUCUGUUAAUGGAUUUCCUCCCGUUCUUGGUUAUUCAUAUUACCAAGAGACUGUAAGAAGACCUGAUUCUUCUUUUCCUGAUCCUUCAAAGUUUGAUUGGAACAGAUACCCGUCAUUUCCAUUAGUUUUAACCAGUUACAAUUGGUAUCGAAAAGAUAUUAAAGGGAUCAAUGAAUCAGCCGUUGCCGCACCCUAUCGACGGCCUGGAGCCACAUCUAACGUUCCACAUACGAAAUAUGAGAGUGAUAGAACUGGCGAUUCGACGAAGGUAAAUCCUUCGGGCUUUGAUUUAUCGUCAGACUCUCAAGUUGAUGAGGCUAAUAAGGCCCCUUCUGCUUGGGAUAGAAUUAGAGCACAAAAUGCUGGAAAACCAUUUGAGUGGGAGCCUCAACAUCAACAGCAUGUUCCUCAUUCAGAAUCUCAAUCUUCAGCCAAUUUUAAUCCUUCUGAUCCAGCAGAUUCUGGCAACAAUGAUGUCAACAACGAGCAGGAAUUCUUCAAUGACCCUUAUGUUGACAAAGAAACAAAUGAGGGGUUAAAAUGA